UUUUCUUCUCUCAAACCAACGCAAAGAACAAUGUCUAACGUUGUAGUAAUCGCCGUUGUUCUCAUCACAGCCUCGCUAACAGGACAUGUGUCAGCACAAAUGGAUAUGUCUCCAUCGUCAGGACCGUCGGGAGCACCAGACUGCAUAGCGAACCUAAUGAACAUGACGGGCUGUCUCUCGUACGUUACGGUCGGAGAAGGCGGAGGCGCGGCUAAGCCGGACAAGACUUGUUGUCCGGCGUUGGCGGGGCUGGUGGAGAGCUCGCCGCAAUGCUUAUGUUACCUUCUCUCCGGUGACAUGGCGGCUACGCUUGGAAUCAAGAUUGAUAAGGCAAAGGCUCUCAAACUUCCCGGAGUUUGCGGUGUCCUCACUCCGGAUCCAUCACUUUGUUCUCUUUUUAGUAUUCCAGUUGGAGCACCUGUAGCUAUGGGCAACGAGGGAGCCUCCCCAGCCUAUGCUCCAGGUUCGAUGUCAGGUGCGGAAUCACCAGGAGGAUUUGGGUCGGGUCCUUCGGCUAGCAAAAGAGCAAGCGGUGCAUCAAGCACCGCAUCUUAUUCUCUUUUUCUCAAUCUUAUAAUUUUCCCAUUAGCUUUUGCAUUUUACAUCUAUUGCUGAUUUCAUUUUCUCCCAACCAUUAACAACACCAUUAUUUGUAAUGUAUUUUCUUAAAAGAGUAUUGUUGCUUUUGUAGGCUAUGUUCUUGAAUUUAUUACUUUGUGUAUCCACGGAUUUUUUCUUCAUUCAUCUUAUUGAAUAAAGAUUGUUUUUUUCU